AUGGACGCCCCCAUUGACGACCCCGUGUCGCUCCUCCUCAACAUUGCCCACUCCCACGACCUGCCGCAGCAACCGCCUGUCGAGCAUGUCGCCCCUGAAGAAACGCACCCGCAGGAGCAGCAGCAGGAGGUGAUGCGUGAGCAAGUGCACGAGGGCAGAGAUGGAGAUGCAGAUGGGGAUGUGUCGAUGGACGUCCCUUCUCCCCACGGCCAAAAACGCCAACGCCCCUCCCCCCCGCCCCCACCGACAGAAGCACAACCCCAACCCCUACACUACCUCGGCCUCGACAACACCCUCAUCCGCUGCAUCUGCGGCUUCCCCGAAGACGACGGCUUCACCAUCCAAUGCGACCUCUGCGGCGCCUGGGAGCACGGCUUCUGCGUCGGCUUUGCCCACCCCGACGACGCGCCGGAAAGGUAUUUGUGUGAGAUUUGUGAUUUCAGGGAGGUGGAUCGGGGGAAGGCGAGGGAGGGGCAGUUGAGGAUGAUUGAGAUGGCGAAGGGGGCGAGGCUUGCUGGGGUGGGGGGAGGGGGAGGGGGAGGGGGGGAGAAGCCGAGGAGUAGGGGGAAGGGGAGGAAGAGGGAGGAGGAUGACGAGAUGUUGCCCCCCGCGAAACCUAAACGAGGGCGCCAACAAUCAGGCCGGCGCAAAACCCAAACAGCCGAGUCCACCCCGGCCCCUGCUCCCUCUCUCCCCGCCGCCAGACCCCCGUCGAGGCAGAGGGACGAACCCGAAGACGACGAUUAUUUCAAACUCUCCCCGUGGUCGAUGGAGUAUAUCCCCAUACAGGAGAGCGUGCUCCGGGGGGUGGGUGUGAGGCGGGCGUUGAGGGAGGUGUAUGAAGAAUGGCUGCUCGACCCCGCCCCGCCCGAACCCAAAGGCAGGGCCAAACCGCGCAAAGACCAAACCCAUCUUCCAUCCCCCACCGAACCCCCCCUCCCGCUCUCCCCUUCCCCUUCCCCCUCAGUCUACCCCACCCCCUCAUUCGAUACCCUCGCCCCGCCCCUCCCGCCGGUGUACCUCUCAUCCCUCACCCCUCCAGGGGGGGUCAAACUCCAAGUCACCCCCAUCCCUUUACCGAAGAAAUCCUUCCUCCCCCCGUCUUACGCGCCGCAUUUGUCUAUGCCUUCCUUGUACACCCACCCAACGCUAUACGGCCUCUUCCCUUCCCCCUCCUCCGCGCCUAUCAAAAAAGGCACCUUUCUAGGCGAAUACGUGGCGGAGGUGAGGGAGGGGGGGCGGUAUAGGCGGGAUAAAGUGAAUCAGUAUGCGUUGUUGGGGACUGGCAAGCCGGGUGUGAGGGGGGUGGGCCCGCCGGUGGAUCUUGUGCUUGAUGCCCGGGCUUAUGGGGGGGAGAUGCGGUUUGUUAGGUCGAGUUGUAGGCCGAAUGCGGUGCUGAGGGUUGUCAUUCAUCAACCUGCUGGCAAGGGGAAGGGGAAGAAGGAGGGGAAGGAGGGGGAGGGGGAAGGGAAGGUGACGUUUGGCAUCUUUGCGAGCCAAGAUAUCGGCAAGAAAGAAGAGAUCACCCUAGGCUGGGAAUGGGACGAUGCCCACCUAGUCCACUUUCUCCCUUCUCUCCACCCCACCAUCCUCCCAGACAACCGUCCCGGGAUCCCCCUCGCCCUAUACCCUUUAGAGUACCCAUCAACUCCUUUUCUUGAGGGGGUGAGGAGGUUGGGGGAGGGGGAGAGGGAAGAGGUAGGGAGGCGGUUUGGGGUUUUGUUGGCGGGGUUGGGAGGGGUUUUUGCGGGGUGUGGGUGUGUUUCUGGAGGAAAAGGAGGGGGAGGGGGAGGGGGGUGUGUGGUAGAGCAGAUGAUGGAGGUUUGGAAGAUUGUGAGGGGGAAGAGUGAGCUUGUCUUGCCGGAGCCGCCUGUUCGUGGUUCUGGUGUCAAAGAGAAGGGGGAGGGGGAUGUGGUUAUGGGCGAACGCGUACCUGGUCAGAACAUCACGUCAGACCGUGCCGACGACCCUUCGGCUCCCGACCAUCCCGACCUCCACCCCGAAAAAGAACAAGAACAAGAACAAGAACCAGAAAGAGAAGAAGCCGAACACCAACCGCAACUGGCCAACCUCGGUCCCCUGAUAGGCGCCGUAAGAGGCUGGAGAAGGAAAGAACUUGAAGUGGAGAGUGUGAGGCGGUGGAGGGGUGUUGUCAAGGCUUCGGGGUUGGGCUUGGGCUUGGGCGGGGUGGAGGUGGAGGGGGGGCUGGUUGAGAGGGAGAGUGAGGUGGAUGAUGUGCGGAUGGGGGAUGUUGAGGAGAAGGGGAUUGUGGAGCAAGACAAAGAGAAUGAGAAGGAGAAAGAGGAGAAAGGUCAACUCGGCUUUCAUUCACCUUCGUCACAGCCGUCGACCCACUCGCCUUCGCCCUCGCUCUCACCCGCGCCGCCGCCGACAAAGAGGAAAUCUGUCUCUCCGAAAAACAAGACAUCGCUCCCUUUACCGCCGCCGCCGCCGCUGCCGCCGAGCUCGAGUCUGUCGCCUGCCUCGUCUCGUCAUUCGCUCUCACCGGCUCCGCCCCGUGCAACGGCACCGCUCAAGGGUGUUGAGAAAGAAGAUGGGGAGAGCGAGCUGUCGAACCCUACCGACGUUGAUUCGUCCGACCACGAGCAAGGGGAUGGGGAGGAAGAAGAUGAAGGAGGGUUGUCGGAUGCCACGACGAUUACGCUUCCUCGGUCUGCGAUGUCUUCUUCCGACGAUGAUGACGAGUCGGAGGAGGAGGGUGGGGAUGGGGAUGAAGAUGCUGUGAUGGCAAAUCCCGAAGCCGAGCCGCAAUCGACCCCGGCUUUACCGAAGAGUAAGGUUAAGAGGAGGAUCGAGUCUUCGCCUGCUCCUGAGCCGAGACGCAAAGCUGUGACCAAGCAGGGUGUGAAGGAGAGGGCAAAGGAGAAGGCAAAGAUCAAGAAGAACGAUCCAUUCCCAUUCGACCCCGCCCCCGCCCGCACGCCCAAGACCGAGCUCAAGGCCAAGCCCAAGUCUGUUGGCAGACCGAAAUCCCGGCUCGCCUCUGUCGCAUCCACAUCAACCUCUGCGUCCAAUUCCAAACCUGCUUCUACCGCGUCCGCGUCUGCGGGAGUGGCCAAAAAGCUUGGAAAGAAGAGGCAGAAGCGUAUUGUGUCGAGUGAUGAGGAGUCUUCGGCUGAGGAGGAGGAGAGGGGGAGGGUGGAGAAGAGGAGGAAGGGGAAGGUCAGCCGGGAGAGGGAGAGGGAAGGGAGAGGGGGUGUUACGCCGCCUUUGCCUCCGGCCACGGUGGCGUCAGGUGCGAGGGCGUUGGAUGGGCUUUUCAGGGACCAUACCCCGCCCCCGCCUGCUCCCGCUCCCACUCAGCCAGAGCCCGAGAAACAACCGGAACCAGAACCCGAAUCCGAACAGGUCAAGGAACCCACGCCUCCACCUCCGGCACCUCCGGCGCCGGUCGAACCGCCAAAGAAGGUCAGCUUGAGCGAGUAUCUCAAGACGCACAAGUUUAGGAAAGAGUCGCAACCUUCUUCUUCCGGGCCUUCUUCUUCUUCUUUGGUCUCUGCGCCCGAGGCUGCACCCUCGCCCACGAACGCUGGGACGGGUUCGACAGCAGACUCGGAACGUGAGAGAGCGAGUGCCUUGGAGAGUGUCAAGAAUGAACAAAGGGACAAGGUGGAUGUGCCAAUGCCCAUGGCGGCUCAUCAGCCUACCUCGAGUCCCAUGACGAGUCUGCCAGCAUCGACGCUAAACCUGCUCGAACACCUUCCUUCCUUCCGCAAUCUCCCAGCCCCUGCUCCAGCCGCAACUCCGGCUCAAGCUUCAGCCGCCGCUAUGCCCGCUCCGAUUUCGACCACCUUCCCAGCACCGGCGGCCGCUGCGGGUCAAACACCAGUCACCCCAGCUCCCAAUACGCCUGCGGGAGGGUUGGGGUUGGGGGGAGGGGCGAGUACGAGUUAUGUUCCCCGUGGUCCGGCGCGUACGCCGUUGCAGGCGAAUGCGCCUCUACAAGACUUUUCCGCGCCCUCCCACCCUGCGCUCACGCCCGCUGGCCCUGGGGCUGGGGCUGGGGCGGGUAGGGCUAGUAUGUCUUAUACGCCAAGACAGGUGUCGGGCGAGCGGGAAAAGUCGCCUGGUUUGCCGGGUCUUGGGAACUAUAGUAGAAAGUUUGAAAGUACGCCCAGCUAUGUGCCGAGGAGGGAGAGGGAAGAGUGGGGUUCGAGGGAGAGGUCGCCUGUGAGGGAGAGGGAGAGGGAGAGCUGGCAGUACCGAGAUUCACUCCCCCACCAAACUCCCUCCUCUUCCACGUCCGCCAACGUCUCCAUCUCCACCCCCGUUUCUGCAGCUCAGAUAGCAAACCCAGCCAACGACCGUCUCCCCCCACCUCUGACCACCCGAGAUCUUCCCCCACACGCGUCUGCAAACACGCCCUCAAGGUCGACCAUGGCGGGAUUGGGGCUGGGGAGGGUACCGCCGAUGGGGCCGAAAGUGCCGCCCACGGGGCCUAGGAGUGUUUCUGGUGGUUCGACUGGGGGCGGAAUUGGACCCGGGCAUGGACUUGGGCAGGGGUUGGGGCAGGGGCAGGGGCUUGGGGGGAUGGAUAGUGCUAGAGGAGGAUUUGGGAGAGGUGGUUAUAGGGGCUUUGCGCCGAGGGGUUGGAGAGGCCGGGGUGGGUUCAGGGGACGGGGACGAGGAGGUUAGCUUUAGCUUUGCGUAUAGUCGAUACUUGAUAGGGAUGAGGGUUUGAUUUUUGGUAGAGGGAAUGGUUUUUCGGUUUAGUCUUUUCGUAUUUUGAUCAUUUAUUUGCGUUGGAGGUGCUCCCAUAUCGAGGUUGCUGUAACAUGUUCAUCACACUCCCAUGAAAUGUACAUAUGGUAUUAGG